UCAUAUCUCCCUCCCUCUUUACCUCUCUCUCUCUCUUGACUCUUCCCGGCACCAAUGGCCGUAGUUUUCGGAAACCUAGCCCUCUUACUUGACGUCACCUCGCCGCGGACCAUAUUACCAGACCGGAAGUGUCGUCCGGUGGCGCUGGACGCUUUACUGAACCUAAACCUCAGCCUGCCGAAGCGGGACCCGCACAAUCACAGUCACGCAUUUAACGGCUUCACAGCAGGAAGCAAGGGGUUUGACUCGGACGGCGGCGAGAGCCGGAGCCAGCGAGUGGUGGCUCGGGGGAAAGCGAAUUCGAAGGUGAACGGGGUGGACUUUGGGAGGGACGAGGAGGGGAACGGGAAUGGAUUUGGGGAAGGAGGGGACGGUGGGGAGGAGGAGCCGGCGGCGGAGGUGGAUUGGGAGAAGGAAAUGCGGUGGAGAGUGAAGGAGAUCGAGGAGAGGAAGGAGCUGGAGAAGAAGGCGGAGGAGUUAAGGAGUCGGAUCGAGGAGGAUUAUGAAGAUGAUGGUAGAGAAGAGACCGAGCAGGAGAAGCGGAUGAGAGUCAGGAAAGAACUUGAAAAGGUGGCUAAGGAGCAAGCGGAGCGGAGAGCCACCGCACAGUUAAUGUUCGACUUAGGACAGAAGGCUUAUGGGAGGGGAAUGUAUGGUCGUGCAAUUGAGUUCUUAGAAGGAGCACUGACUAUCAUUCCGCGGCCAACGUUAUUUGGUGGUGAGAUACAGAUUUGGCUUGCUAUGGCCUACGAGGCUAAUAAGCGGCAUGCCGAUUGUAUUGAGCUUUAUAAGCAAUUGGAGAACAAGCACCCAAGUGUCAGCAUACGACGCCAGGCUGCAGAGCUUCGAUACAUUUUGCAAGCACCGAAGAUCAAAAUUACCCGAGAAGAGAUGGUAACCAUACCACUCAUAGGUUCUAGCUAUGACAGCUAUGCUGGAACGUGGAGUGACAAAUACAAGGACAAAGAUCAGAGGAGCAGUGGGACAAUAACCAACCAGACUCCAUCAUCGAAAGACUAUAUUGGGGACUUCAUGGUAUGGCGACCCCCAAUUGGAUUGGAUAAAAGCCAAGCUUUCUGGAUAGCUUUGACGUUAUGGGUGGGUUUAGUUGGAGCUGCAGUCUUUCUUCAAAGUUAAAUUAUAGAAAUUAUUGUAUUGGUAUAUGCGAGUAAUUGAUGUGUUUACCAUGUUAUUCAUGUAAUUAGUUUGAUGUUCAUGUAAUUAACACGCCAACACUUUGUAUAUUUCAUGUUGAAAUAUUAAUGUCUCGAUUGCUUUC